CAAUGAAAAAGAGAAUGAUUCUACCUUAUCAGUAAAAAGAUCACUUGAAGAUUUAUUUCUCAAAAAAAAGUGUGAUUGGAAUCCCAAAGAAUUCACAAACACGGCAGUAGCAAAAAGAUUAUAUUUGGAUGACAAUCCUAUUGAAAAUGGGUUAAAAUUAUAUAGAUGGAUUAGUAAUCGAAAGAUUAGAGCAAAAAGUGCAAACGACGUUAAUAUUUAG